ACUCGGGAGGCUCCGAGUGUUUGUCCAAACUACAGCUCCGCUGAGCAGCCAGGAGUUGGAGAAAUAAAACACCUACACUACACUUCUGUCCCGCCGAUUCUCCUGUGUGCUUUUCUUGAGACACUUUAGACACUUUGCCUUAACGGGAUGUCAACUCCAGCAAGACGGCGUUUAAUGAGAGACUUUAAACGGCUGCAGGAGGAUCCUCCAGCUGGAGUUAGUGGGGCGCCUUCAGAAAACAAUAUCAUGGUAUGGAAUGCAGUCAUUUUUGGACCAGAAGGAACACCUUUUGAAGAUGGAACCUUCAAACUUACCAUUGAAUUUACAGAGGAAUAUCCAAAUAAACCUCCAACAGUGCGAUUUGUUUCCAAAAUGUUUCAUCCAAAUGUGUAUGCAGAUGGAAGCAUUUGCUUAGAUAUACUUCAGAAUCGUUGGAGUCCAACCUAUGAUGUCUCUUCAAUCUUAACUUCAAUACAGUCUUUACUGGAUGAGCCAAACCCAAACAGUCCAGCCAACAGUCAAGCAGCCCAGCUCUACCAGGAAAACAAACGGGAGUAUGAGAAGAGGGUUUCUGCUAUAGUUGAACAGAGUUGGCGUGACUGUUGACCUUUGUCGUUGUUGGAGUAUGAACAGUGUCCAUCCUGGAAUCAAGAAAGCAGAUGAUCUCACACAGAUAUGACACGUUAAAAUCAUCCAGUAUAUUUGUCCCUCUCUUACUGUUGCUAAGUUUGUAUGCUGUUGUGUUGUGGCAUUCACUCUUGCCGAAUGCUGUUUUAGGGCAAAAGCAAAUGUUUAUUUAAAGUUAAUGUACCUUGUUAUAUUCGGGUUACUUGCUAAAUGCCCCAACUGUUUUGAAAAUGAUAACCACUGUCACAGUGGUCACUUCUCCACCUGUUAAUUCAUACAUGAACUAAACUGGUUGAAGGAUAUGGUGACAGUUAAGUAGGGCUCGCUGUGUAGAUACUGCCAAUUUAUAUUUUGCAGGAAACAAAAACUGUUAAUGUUUUCUUUUUCAGUAUAAUCAACCAGUUUGGGUUUUUUUUCUUGCUUUUUGCAUACUGAAAGCCUUUUGGAGGGACAGAAUAUAACAUGUUGUGGACAUAAAUCCCUCUCACAAUUCAGCAGAUGCCUUUUGGAGUUCAUUUUUCCCACAGCUUUUCUUGUACAGCCAUGUUUGAUUUUAGAAUCUUGUAGAACUUGAUAUACACACCUCCUUGUUGAACACAGAAAAGGAAGACAUUUAUUAACCUUCCUGGGCACCUGACUUCAGUUUCAUAAUGCCAACAUUUGCCCCAUUUAGAUAUGCAACACGUGGGCACAUCUGUUACCUUAUUUAUAGGGCCCUGUAAGCCUUAAUGGGCUCAAGACGGAUAAUAUUUCUAUGCUAUUUUACAAUCUUAAAAUUCAGUGGGGAAAAAUGUCACUGUUUCAGCAUGAUUGUGUCUAUUUUCAGAUUAUGAAACUUUGCACUGGUAACCCAUGUAACGAAAUGUACAUUCUCUUGUAAAUAAAAAAAAAAUAUACGUCA